AUGUGUAGCUCGUGGAAAACGUUGCCGUCAAGUCUUCGAUGGCUGCUUCCUGCGGCCGUCGCGGUGCUGAUUGUGUGGAUAUUCAGUGGGUUUGCGCUUAAUUCCAUGGGGCUCGUCACCCUGCCUGUUUCGUAUUGGAUUCAGUACAACACGAGCUUUUUCAUCAUGCUCGCGAGCCUCGGACGGUGCAUGGCUGCGCGAGUGACCAUUGACAGCACCAAGCAUAUCCAAUGUGAAGAGUCCAUUGAACUGAAGUACAACGGCGAAAAGCGGCACUGCCGCAAAUGCGAAGUGCCCAAGCCCGACCGGACGCACCAUUGCAGCGCGUGCAGGUCGUGCAUUGCCAAGAUGGAUCACCACUGUGUGUUCCUCAACAAAUGCAUUGGGCUCGAAAACUACAAGUUCUUUGUCCUGUUUCUGUGGUGGAGUGCGUUUGUUAGUUUGGAAACGGCAUUCUUGAUCUGGAAAUUCGUCUUCGCCAAAGCAAUCGACCUCCUCGCCCAGGACAUUGCGGCCAGUUCGUUCCAGUUUACGGCAUCGCAUACCCAGGUAGUUCACUUGGUUUUCCCAUUUCUAUCGACGUCGGUCGCUCGAACCUCCUAGAUUGUACUCGUUGGCUUUAGCAGCGCCUGCGUCGGGCUCGCCCUCCUCGUCUUCUUCGGGAUGCACCUCUUUCUGUGCAUGUGCAACCUCACCACGCUCGAAUACUGCGAAAAACGGGGCACGAUCGGAUUCGUCAACUAUUACGACAUCGGCAUCCCAUCCAACUUGCACCAAGUGUUUGGCUCGUGGGAUCUCGCGUUCGUUCCAUUGUAUCCGCCCCACAUGGACGCCCUGCGUCGGCAGUUCCCAGUCAACACCAACAAAUUCGACUAACUCCUAACGUUGUUGCUGCCUUGCCAGCAUUCGAUCAAAGACUGAACUAAGGUGCUCUUCUUCGUCCAG